CUUCAUACUGUCCUCUCCCACCAGCUCUCCUGACAUUUUCCCCCUAAGAUGCUGCUAGGAUAGAUAAUACCAUCCAGCUCGGAAGAUCCCUAGGGAGGAAGAGAAGCCUUCUGCUUGAGGAGUUUACCUCUGCCUGAUAUGUGCUGGGAAUGAAGACACUGCCUGCCAUGCUUGGGACUCCAGAGUUAUUAAGGGAACUCUUAAUCCUCCACCUGGGCCUCUGGAGCAUCCUUGGUGAAGAGUCAUGUGAAGUACAAAUUAAGGUUAUCAGGCAUUCGGAAUAUGCCACAACAGGAGAGUACGUUAAAAUUAAAUGUCCUGUGACACACUGUGGUCACAGACCUAAUGUGACUUGGUGCAAGUACAGUGAAAAACAAUGUUUACCUCUUGAGACUGGACCUCAGCAACACACUAGUUGGGAAGAAAACCCCAAGUCUUCAGUUUUUAUUCUCCAUUUUGAACCAAUAAAUGCCAGGGAUGAUGGAUUGUAUAGCUGUUCUACAAACUUUAAUUCUAAUGUUAUUUACAGCCGCAUAAUAGCCAUCAAUGUGGCAGAAAGGACUCAAAAUGAUUCAGAACACCAUCUAAUAACACCGUCUGACAUCCCAGAUGCCACCAAUGCCUCAGGACCACCCACCAUGGAAGAGAGGGUGGACAGGACCUGGCUGCUUUACAGCUUGCUUCCUGUGGGGGCAUUGCCUCUGCUGCUUGCCUGUUCCUGCCUGGUCUGUUUCCUGAAAAGGCGCCAAGGGAAAGGAAAGAUGCCUUCUGACUUAGCAGAAAGGGAAGUUAACCUGGUUGAUAUUCCAGUGAGUCCCAGGACAAAUUCCCAAACACUGCCAUCAGAAACUGGCAUUUAUGAUAAUGAUCUCUGGUCAAGUGUCCAGGAAAGUUCUGAAUCUACAACUAACUCCCAAAUGGAGGGAAACAAACAGGGCAUUGUUUAUGCUUCUCUGAACCAUUCUGUUAUUGGAAGGAACCCAAGACAGGCAAAGAACAUACAAGAGGCACCCACAGAGUAUGCAUCCAUUUGCAGGAGAAGUUAAAUCUGGUACUGACAUAGACUGUGAGCACUGCAUGAUGGACUUGUCAAUACAACUGUCUGGACCUCUGGUGUCAAAUUUUCAUGAUAAGAUGGUUCCUACUGGGCUGUGUCGUAAAGGUCCAUGGAAUAUUUAGUUAAUUUCUCCUGAAAACUUUGGAAGAGUUUUGUACAAGAGCCCUGAACAAUAGACUUUUCUCUGGGAAAACUCAUAUCACAAAUAGCAGAAUAAUAGAAUGUUUAAAUUUGACCAUGUCUUACCCAAGGUGUGAAUUUAAUAUUUCCUUUGGAACUAUCAGAGAGGCUUACAGGGAAAAAAGAAGUGUGACAUUUGGAUCGGCUCACUACACAUUCUAGAAAAAGAAUGGCCCAAUUUGACUGACUAAUCAUAAAUACAGUAAUGAUUGUAUGUUCCCAAUCUUCCAUGAUAAGACAAUUUCUCAUGUCAAUCUAUAGCUAAGGUUUUAUUUUUUUAAUAUAAAGGAAAAUUAUCUUGGACUCAAUUCAGAAAAAGAUUAGAAAAGGUAAUUGGUGCAAUACAGAUACAGAAGAUGCCAAACAGAGGUGGGGCCAAUGUACAUUAUCCCCGCUAAUGAGAUGCUUAUCAUCACCCUGUUAAAUCAAGAAAGUCGGGUAGUACAGGAUUCAUCAAUGUAUAGUGAGCACUUUUGUAAUCAGAACGAUAGUGUUUGGAUCAAGUAGAGUAAUGUGCAUGAAUGUGAUGCAAUGCUACUGAACUAAUACACGUAGGAACAUACGAACAAGAGUCAACGGGAGUAGAUAUUAUAAGGCAAAUCCAGAUUGAACUUUUAAACCACCGUGUGCUUUACCUGAGAGCCAACUCAAAGGGCUGUUCAGAAAAAAGAAAGAGUCUGGAAUAUUUAGUUGAUCAGUAGGCGUUGACAUACUUUCAUUAAUGUCUGUUUCUUGCUUCUUAUCAAGUGAAUCAGGACAAAUCAUAUGUAAUGAAAUAUGGCGUAUGGAGGUCAUUCAGGUUUAAAUUCUGACAUUGUAGCUACUUGAGAGGAUAGAUUUUCAGGUGUGCUGAAUUUCCAGAUUACUCGAGUCUAAUUAUUUAAAACAUAGCUCAUAAUUUUAUUCAUUAGCUUGAGGCUUGAGUUCUCUGACUCUGAAACUGAAUGUCGUCAUCAUUUUAGUAUGCAGUGGAUGGUAAAAGCUAGAAGCCACUAGAACAAACACAUAAGCUGCUGAAUGAGAGAAUGUGGUCCAAGUAAUUGUGCAGGUGUGUGUGCGUGUGUGUG